UGCUGGGAGUUUGGACGCUGAGCAGCAGCGGCGGCAGCAGCAGCAGUUGCAAGCUGAGCUCCCGCCCGGGAAGUUCUCCGCCUUCCUCCCGCCCGUCCCCGGACUGUGGGCUCCCUCCCUACGCCCCCUUUCCAUGCCCUCCGUCGGGGCCUUUCCUCGCUGCCCCUGACUGUCUCCUCUCGCGGCCCCAUGGCAGCCCAGCAGCUGGAGCAGAUCCUGGCGCUCUUGCUGCAGCCUGACAACGCCGUCAUUCAAGAGGCAACGUCCGAGCUGAAAGAAAUACUGAAGCAACCGGCAGCUCUUUCCGAUCUCUGCCAUGUCAUGACACAUUCAGAAGAUCCUCAGAUCCAGCAAUUUGCCUCCGUGUUGCUCAGACGGCGGCUGAGCAAACACUGGAAGAAAAUUGGCGCGGCAGAUAAAAAUAUGAUCAAGUACCUGGUGCUAAGCAGCUUCCAACAGCAGACAGACCAUAAAGUCUCCCUGAGCUUAGCGCAGCUGGCUGCCGUCAUCCUGAAGAAUGAGACCUUGAAGAAAUGGCCCCAGGUGCUUCAGACCAUUCAGCGCGGGGCCCAUUCCCGAGACCCCCACAAGUGCCAGAUGGCGUUGCUACUUCUCCAAUCCACCCUGGAUCUGGACCCAGACCAAUUCUGUCCCUACUACAAAGACAUUCUGCGCCUCUUCCAUCAGUUACUCAACAACCGAAGUCAGCCGGCUGUCCUCUACUAUUCCCUCCGGAGCUUACGUGCCAUGAUUGGCGGGUUUAGCUCCAACGAAGUGACUCUGAUGUCUUCUCUGAUGCCCAAAGUGAUAGCAGCCAUCCGGGAACUCAUUCACGUGAAUGAGGUCCAGGCAAGCGAAGCGAUGGAUGUUUUUGACGAACUCCUGGAGACUGAAGUUGCCAUCGUGGUCCAGCAUCUCUCCGAAGUCGUGAAUUUCUGCCUGGAGGUGGCCUCCAACCAGGGGCUGAGCGACGGCCUGCGGGUGAAGGCGCUGUCCUGUAUCAGCUACCUCAUCAAGUUGAAGAGCAAGGCCAUUCUGAAGCACAAACUCCUCUCGCCCAUCCUGAACGCCCUCUUCCCCAUCAUGAGUGCAGAUCCCUCCCCGGGACAGAUGGACAUGGAGGACAAGUUGAGCGAGGAGAUAGAAGAUGAGGCGGAAGUCCAGUCACCCAAGCACUUCGCCGUCCAGGUGAUCGACAUGCUGGCGCUGUACCUGCCCCCUGAAAAGCUUUUCCCCCAGCUGACCCCUCUGAUGGAACCGGCGCUUAUGAGCCCUAAUCCUUACCAUCGGAAGGCCGGGCUCAUGUGUUUGGCGGUGUUAGCCGAAGGCUGCGGGGAUCACAUCCGUAACAAACACCUUCGGCCCAUGCUGCAGGUGGUGUGCCGAGGCCUGGGGGACGACAGCCAGGUGGUGCGCAACGCUGCGCUCUUCGCCUUGGGCCAGUUCUCCGAGAAUCUGCAGCCGGACAUCGUUCGUUUUUCGGAUGAAAUUAUGCCCCUUUUGCUGCACUACCUGGAAGAGGUGGAUCUGGCCCACACUACUCACCUGGCCAAGGCCUACUACGCCCUGGAGAACUUUGUAGAGAAUCUGGACGACAAGAUUGAGCCCUACCUGCCAGCUCUGAUGGAGAGGAUGCUCAACACCUUGGCCUCCCCUGGAACUCCGCGCACCAAGGAGCUGGCGAUUAGCGCCAUUGGGUCCAUUGCCCAGGCUGCCAAGGAAUCGCUCCUGCCAUAUUUCCAAGCCAUCAUGGAGCACCUGACAGGUUACAUGCUGACCAACCAGGAAGACCUCAGGCCCGUUCAGAUACAAUCUGUCGAGACAAUGGCUACCCUUGCCAACGUCCUGAAUAACGACAUCUUCCGGCCGCUUUCCGAGAAGUGUUGCCAGCUUGGAUUGGACCUUUGCGACAGAGUGGACGACCCAGACUUGCGACGGUGCACGUACAGCCUUUUCAGCUCUCUCGCAAACGUCAUGGGGGAUUCGAUCACCCCGUACCUGCCUCGGAUAACGACGCUUCUGAUUUAUUCCCUCAAAUCCACCGAGGGCGUCAAGCUUCCCCUCAGUUCAGAAGAUUCCUUCCUAUUAUUCGAUGAUGAGGAAGAGGAAGCAGAGGUAGAAGAAGAAUCUCUUACCGACGAGGAAGAUGAGGAAGAUGAGGAGUCUUUGGGGUAA